AUUGCCCCCAACAACCACAACAACAGCUCCAACAACCACAACCACUCCAACAACUACAACUGCUGUUGCAACAACCACAAAAUUGCCUCCUACAAUCACAACAGCUCCAACAACUACAACUGCUGUUCCAACAACCACAACAACCACUCCAACAACUACAACUGCUGUUGCUACUACCACAACAUUGCCUCCUACAACCACAACAAUGACUCCAACAACCACAACAACAGCUCCAACAACCACUCCAACAACUACAACUGCUGUUCAAACAACCACAACAGUGCCUCCAACAACCACAACAACAGCUCCAACAACCACAACAACAGCUCCAACAACCACAACAACCACUCCAACAACUACAACAACUGCUCCAACAACUACAACAAUCACUCCAACAACUACAACUGCUGUUGCAACAACCACAACAUUGCCUCCAACAACUACAACUGCUGUUCCAACAACCACAACAACAGCUCCAACAACCACAACAAUGACUCCAACAACUACAACUGCUGUUGCAACAACCACAACAAAAGCUCCAACAACUACAACUGCUGUUGCAACAACCACAACAUUGCCUCCUACAAUCACAACAACAGCUCCAACAACUACAACUGCUGUUCCAACAACCACAACAACCACUCCAACAACUACAACUGCUGUUGCUACUACCACAACAUUGCCUCCUACAACCACAACAACAGCUCCAACAACCACAACAACAGCUCCAACAACCACAACAACCACUCCAACAACUACAACUGCUGUUGCAACAACCACAACAACAGCUCCAACAACUACAACUGCUGUUCAAACAACCACAACAGUGCCUCCUACAACCACAACAACAGCUCCAACAACCACAACAACAGCUCCAACAACCACAGCAACCACUCCAACAACUACAACAACCACUCCAACAACUACAACUGCUGUUGCAACAACCACAUCAUUGCCUCCUACGAUCACAACAACAGCUCCAACAACUACAACUGCUGUUCCAACAACCACAACAACAGCUCCAACAACUACAACGGCUGUUCAAACAACCACAACAGUGCCUCCUACAACCACAACAGCAGCUCCAACAACCACAACAACAGCUCCAACAACCACAACAACAGCUCCAACAACCACACCAACCACUCCAACAACUACAACAACUGCUCCAACAACUACAACAACCACUCCAACAACUACAACUGCUGUUGCAACAACCACAACAUUGCCUCCAACAACUACAACUGCUGUCCCAACAACUACAACAACUGCCGUUCCAACAACUACAACAACUGCUCCAACAACUACAACAACGACUUCAACAACUACAACAACCUCUCCAACAACUACAACUGCUGUUGCAACUACCACAACAUUGCCUCCUACAACCACAACAACCUCUCCAACAACCACAACAACCGCUCCAACAACCACAACAACCGCUCUAAAAACUACAACUGCUGUUGCAACAACCACAACAUUACCUCCAACAACUACAACUGCUGUUCCAACAACCACAACAGCUCCAACAACCACAACAACAGCUCCAACAACCACAACCACUCCAACAACUACAGCUGCAGUUGCAACAACCACAACAACAGCUCCAACAACCACAACAACUGCUCCAACAACUACAACUGCUGUUUCAACAACCACAACAGCUCCAACAACCACAACAACCACUCCAACAACUACAACUGCUGUUGCAACUACCACAACAUUGCCUCCUACAACCACAACAACAGCUCCAACAACUACAACAAUGACUCCAACAACUACAACAACCGCUCCAACAACCACAACAACCACUUCAACAACUACAACUGCUGUUGCAACAACCACAACAUUACCUCCAACAACCACAACAUUGCCUCCAACAACCACAACAACAGCUCCAACAACCACAACAACCGCUCCAACAACUACAACUGCUAUUGUAGUUACCACCUUACCAACCACACUUCCAACAACCUCAACAUCACUUCCAACAAGAAUCACGACUCCGCCAACCACUCCCACAAACGAUAAUUUACUGGCACAUGUACGAAUGCGGAUUAGAUCUUCUGAAAACAUCAGUGAAGUAACAAUCAAGGAACUCAUCACAAAGUUCUUGAAAGAUAAUUUGAUUGGCUUGGAUCUUGCUGUCAGGGUUAUAAAUAU